GGCAGCACGUGCUUUCUUCACUUCACUUUGCAUCCCACCUCACCUGAACUUUUUUCUUUCCUAAAUUAUCUUUUUUUUUUUUUUUCACCCAUAGCACACCCCCUCACCACCUUCCGCCUCCUCCUCCUCCUCCUCCACCACCACCACCACCUCCUCCUCCGCCUCCUCCACCUCCGCCUCUCUCGUAUUCCGCCAGCAGGACGUCCGGUGCUGCGCGAGUCACAGCCCGUGCUGCGGGGAACGGACGGACGGCGCACGAGGGGAUUUCUUGCACCCGCUUCGCUCCCAGGUCACGAGAUGAGCGCGCGCGGAGAGGAAGGCGGCGGCAGCGAAGAGGCUUCUGGAUCUCAGGAGCAGCCCGGCCCUGCAGAGCCUCCCAAGAGGGGACCCGGCAGACCGAGGAAGCCGCAGCAGGAACCCACGGGCGAGCCUGUCCCCAAACGACCGAGGGGCCGCCCCAAAGGAAGCAAGAACAAGGGCCCCUCCAAAGCAGCGCAGAAGAAAGCUGAGACCACGGGGGAGAAGAGACCCAGAGGAAGACCAAGGAAAUGGCCACAGCAAGUGGUCCAACAAAAGCCUGCUCAGGAAGAGGAGGAGGCGGGGUCGCCAGAGGAGGACUAAACAACCACAGCAUUUUACCUCUACCUCAUCCAGCUGUCAGCUCUUUCCAAGGGAAAAGACUGCCUUGACCACUUAUUGUUGACUUUCCACUCACGUUUAAGUCGAUCAUUUUCAUUUUUUUUUUUUUUUGUCGUUUGUUGUUUUUGUUUGUUUUUUGUUGUUGUUUUCUUCUCAUUUGUUUGUUUGGUUUGGUUUUGUUUUUGUGAUCAGCACACACAACACCUCAGAGCACGAACCCGGGAGGAAUAACCAACAAACAAACCCGCGAAACAUUGCGCAGAUGACAAUUGGAGCCACGUUGCUUUUGCCCACCUAUGCGUUCCAAACUGCUGUAGCACAGAGGUGGAGGGGUUCCCUGCAUGGGAUGUGCUGCUGUCACUCUUGACACACACACACAUGGUCAUUGUCUGACUGAUAUUCCAGGCUACAUUGCAGAAGGAAAAAGUAAAACGGUCUGUUUUUGUCAUUCAAAGUGGGAUCAUGCCGUUUCUAUAUUUGUGAUGGAGCCUCAAACAGACACAUCUGCUCCAUCACAAGUGCACACAUGCAUGCAGAAACCCCCUCACUUCAGUGUCGCACCACCAAAGGCAGGAGAAAUGGACCAUUCUGCUUUUUUUGCUCUCAGGUCUUUCCCCUAUAGCAGGAGGUGGGAACCUGUGAUAUCAGAAUAAUGUGGUUGUAACUUUCCAGGGUUUGGCUGAUGAAAUUAAUUGGCUAGAACAUCAUUGACCUGUCAGAGUUAGCUAUGAAAAGAUAUAAUAAUAGUUUAAGCAGUCAUAUUCCUUUGCCAGAAAAUGUAAAAAAUUCAAAUGACACAAAGAAACUUGAGUCUAGACUCAAGCUGUGUGUUCAGCAGGUUAUGUGUGCUUAAAGUCUGAGCAGUUCAGGACAGUCAUUUAUUGACGUGGUGCUACACUACAAGUGCAGACAGACAAUGCUGCAGCACUAAAACUGGGUGAUCUAAAGAAGUCCUACACAAUUAAAAGAGUAACAAGCCAGUGAAAGCAUAAGAUGGCCAGGCCUAUAUUUUGUAAAUAAAUACCUGAACAAGCUACUGUCUAGAAAACUAAGUUGGAUUAGAUGCCCAGAUACACCUAAUAUGUGGUUUGGUGCAUUGCUUUUGAAAAAUUCCUCAUAGGGUUUAUUUUUUGUGUUUUUUCUGCUUAACAAGGUUCCUGACCCCUGUUCUAUACACACUUAAACACCUGGCCUGGGAGCUAUUGCAUUUGUUUUAUUUUCAUUUCAGACAUUUCUAAUAUCUCCCAUUUAUUGACCCAAAUUAAAAGAUAAAAAAAAAAUCCAAGACAGUAUGAUGUUAGAUAUCUCUGACUUUAAGUUAAAUAGUGGUUGCAUUUAAUGCAGAUAAAUUUGCACCUUCACCAUGCUUUAUUAUUAUUAUUAUUGAUAAUAAUAAUAAUAACAAUAAUAAUAAUAAUUAGCAGUGAUGUAAUACUGUUUCUACAUCUGAUAAGCUUUCAGGCUGUCAGAUUUCAAAGCCUUGAGCAUUCACCCCAUGAAAGUCUUAUGAGUUCUUUUUAGCUAUAUAUCUGAAAUUUCAGGAAGAAGUGGCUGAAAAUGUUUUUAAUACGCAUUUGAAGACAAACAGACAUAACAUUCUGACCUCUAUGCAUUAAAAAGAAAGAGGCUAAAGACUUAGUCCUUGUCAGUGUUAACUAAACUAAGCAGCAAACAGUGAUUAGGUCAUAACCCUGCUCUAUUUUGUACUUACACCAAGGCUUUAGUCCAGGAAAAAUGCUACGUUGAUAUUGUCCAUUAGAAUGUACUGGUUUCAUAAUUUAUUUUAGCUACGUAUGAUACUAAAUUCGGAAAGAGUUUGUUAGCUUUGCUAGUUAGCUAGCUUAGCCACUUACUUUUGACGUCUGUGUGAUUUUUGACAGGUUUAAUUGUUAAUGCAGUGUUCCUCACUGUUAAUAACAAUACACCACUCCUGUUAAAAACUAGAUAAGCAGAGUAUCCAAAACCCCCACACAUGGCGUUGAACCAUAUUAUAAAGUUCUGAAAGCUUGUCAUACAGAUGCUAAGCUACAAACGGACAAUUAUUUAGGGGCAGCGUUUAGCGAAGGGCCAUUUGCAGGGGAUGAACUCUGAGAGCCAUUUCUGGUAUUGAAUCUUUGGUCCCCUUCUGUCUUUGGUGGUGAGUUUCAAAAACAUACACUAAGUUCUCCUGUAAAUUGUUAGAUGCUCUGCGAGACACGUUUCUCCAACAGUACUAAAGAACAAUUUAUGCAGCAAUCUACUGUACAUACUUUCAUAACCCUGGAAUCUUCUUAACCAUCUUACGUGUACAUAAUCAUUUUACAGAGUUUCUUUCUGUUUUUGUUUUGUUUAUUUUGUUUGUUUUGAUUUUUUUUCUGUUAAGGCAUAGCUUUAAGACAAACUUAAUUUCUGACGAUUUCGAUUAAAGGGAAGUAUAUCAGCUCAUUCUGACUCCAGAACUGAACCUCAAGAAAACGAAAAACCACAGGAACAAAACCAUACUAUACCUCAAGACACACGAGAUACCUGAACCGCAGUGACAGCAUGACCUUGGAAGACUGCGCGUGCACACUGUCGCCGAUGCAAUAUCUCCUCACCGUUUUCAAAGCUACCUCCGAUUUCUUCACCCAGCAAACCAGCUUGUGAGACACACGCUGCUAUAAACUACUCAUUACAAAGCAGGGGGAUGGCAGUGAGUGCCAAUGUUGUAACGAGAAAAAAAAAAGAACCUUGUCUGAACGUUUGUAACCAAUGUUUGCGUGAUGGCAAAGCAAAAAAAAAGCUCUGUGAACGAUCUGUGAGAGUUGGGCAGGUGACGACUGAAAUCCGAGGUGUGUUUGUAUUCUGUGUUGAACUCAUCAAGCAGCUAAGGGAAUAAGUACUGUUUUGAUAUUGUUUGUUUUCCUUAUUUUAACCUUUUCAUUUACCUGACAUUUGUAACACUUUUCUUUCUCUGCGACUGGGACAUCUGUUUUACGUUUUUAACUUGAAUAUAUGUUUUGUACUGAUUUACUCAUUGGUUUCUAAGGAUCAAGGGCUUGUAUGACUCUAAAUGAUAUUUUUUUUCUUGCUCCAGUUUUCUCUUCCCCCCCUCUCUCUCUUUCUUUUUUGUUCUCUUGAGUUUUUAGUCUAGAUUUAUCCUGAGCUAUGUACUAUUCAGAUAUGUACCUCAAAAAAAAAAAAAAAGAGAGAGAUAAAAAUGGACUAAUAACCAAUUGACAAAUACCUACCUCCAGUCUUGAAAAAUGAAUGAUUUU